AUGCCUGACCCUGUCAGUAUUACCGCGUCCAUCUUGGGCAUCGUUCAGGGUGUAGCCUUCCUUUCGACUACUAUAGAAAAUAUCAGAAGCGCGCCCGAGUCCAUCAAAAACAUUCAACGCCAGCUCCAACAUCUCAAACCAAUCCUGAGCCAGCUCGAGUGUGCCGUGGAUCAAAAGCAGAUUGACACUGAGCACUUGGGCUCCGAACUCAAAUCGGCUCUUGACAACUGCGAACACGCAUGUACUGAGUUCAGCACAUCACUUGGCCACUGGACAAGACACUCCAGCGACGACGAAACGUCUGUUGUGGAUUAUACAAAGAUUGGCCUUUUGCGCCAAGGUCGCAUACGAUUGAUGAAAGAUCAGCUGGAUCAGUGUAUCAAGAUACUUAACGUCAGUCUGGUGACCAACAACGCUCUCCAAAUGAGUCGACAAGAAGGCAUGAUCAAAGAACUUCGUGAUCAUAAACUAUCGACACUUGAAGCUUCUCUUAAGAGAAAGAUCGAUGAAGUCAAAAAGGACCAAAUGAAGAUCGUAAAGUACGAGGCAGAGGCAUCAGGGUCCAGUGAGACAAACGACAAAGAAUUGUUUACCUCCGAGAUACAGCGGCACAGAGAUAUGGUUCAAAUAUCUGAGAAAGUCUGCAAAAAGGCACUUAAUGCUGUCACCAUUGAACGGGUACAGCAAAACAUUUCUGACAUAUGUGCUACAGAAGAGAGCACUGCCCUGGCAGGCAAGUUCAACGUGGAUAGGUCUGAUACAACAGGACAGGAUAUCACAAAAGUCCACGCUAAACAUCGUAGCUUUGCAGUAGCGGGAAUGGCAAACAACUUUGACUUUGCGUCGUUUGUUAGAGGAAGAUGA